AUGGCGACCAAGGAGAACUCGUUUGCGCAUCGCACCGUUAUCGAGGUCGACCCUUUCAUCCCUGCCGACCAGCAGAAGGCAUGCGGUAUUCACAACCGUUGGCACCCUGAUAUUCCGGCGUUCGCGUCAGUGAAGCCUGGGGAGGUCUUCACUGUCCAAUGCGUAGACUGGACUGGUGCUCAGAUCGGAAACAACGACAACAGCGAUGAUAUCAAGAAUGUGGAUCUCACGAAGAUCCACAACCUGUCUGGGCCUGUCGCCAUCGAAGGCGCAGAGCCUGGUGACUGCCUCGUCGUGGACAUCCUGGAUGUGAGGCCUUUCGAUAAGAUGCCUUGGGGAUACACCGGCAUCUUCGAGCUCGAGAACGGCGGUGGCUUGUUCGCCCGCGAGUUCAACAGCAGGGCCGCGAAGGCGAUCUGGGACUUCCACGGCGUCUACGCCUCGUCGCGGCACAUCCCCGGGGUGCGCUUCGCGGGCGUGUCGCACCCGGGCCUCAUCGGCACCGCGCCCUCGGCGGAGCUGCUCGCGACAUGGAACACGCGUGAGGGCGCGCUCAUCGACGCGCACGGCCCCUCCGUCCCGCCCGUCGCGUUCCCGCCCGAGCCGACUGGCGCGUAUGUCGGACAGGAUGUCUCGGAUGAGAUCAAGGAGAAGGUCGCUCGCGAGGGUGCGCGCACUGUGCCGCCGCGCGAGCAUGGCGGAAACUGCGACAUCAAGAACCUGUCUAAGGGUUCACGCUGCUACUUCCCGGUGUACAUCAAGGGCGCCAAUUUGUCUGUUGGUGAUCUGCAUUUCUCCCAGGGCGAUGGCGAGAUCUCGUUCUGUGGCGCCAUCGAGAUGGCUGGGAUCAUCACUUUCAGUUGCAGCAUCAUCAAGGGUGGCGUCGAGAAGUUUUCCAUGAAGCAGCCGAUGUUCUUGCCGUCCCCAGUGGACCCCUUGUACUCCGCGAAGCUUGUCUUCGAGGGCAUCAGUGUUGACGUCCACGGUGAUGGCAAGCAGACCGUCGCUUUCAAGCAAGCAACCCUGAAUGCUAUCACGUACUUGAUGAAGCUUGGCUAUACCCGCGAGCAAGCAUAUCUUCUCUUGUCUGCGGCCCCGGUGGAGAGUCAUGUAGGCGCAAUCGUGGACUCACCAAAUGCAUGUGUCACCAUGGCACUCCCGCUCGGGAUCUUCGACUUCGAUAUCCUUCCCAGGGAGGAGGGCCUCACGACGCGGAAUUUUGGCCAGUGUGCCAUUCGCAGCGAUGGCGUGGUCUAA